UCAGUAGUAAUGGCGGAGGUGUUGGUCUCCGGCGGGGCUGCGGCUGAUUUAACCCCGGCGGGCGGAACCGGGAGCGCCGCUAUGGCUUAUCUGCAGGAGGAGAAGCCGGACUCUGAUCUGGUUCCAGCUCUGAAUCUGGGGGAUCUGGAUAUAACCACUGAUGAGUUCAUCCUGGACGAGGUGGACAUUCAUAUUCAGGCUAAUCUGGAGGAUGAACUGGUGCAGGAGGCUCUGAAAACGGGGGUGGAUCUGAGACAGUACUCUAAACAGGUGGAGGCGGAGCUACAGCGUAUUGAACAGGCCUCCAUCAAAGACUAUAUUAAAGAGAGUCAGAACAUCGCAUCUCUCCACAACCAGAUCACCGCCUGCGACUCCAUACUGGAGAGGAUGGAGGAGAUGCUGAGUGGGUUUCAGAGUGAUCUGUCGUCUAUCAGCAGUGAGAUUCAGACUCUGCAGCAGCAGUCGGUCAGUAUGAACAUCAGGCUGAAGAACAGGCAGGCGGUGCGCAGUCAGCUCAGUCAGCUGGUGGACGAGCUGGUGGUCCCCAGCACCAUGAUCUCGGUGAUUCUGGACAGUCCGGUGACGGAGCAGGAGUUUCUGGAGCAGCUUCAUGAACUCAACAACAAAAUCAACUUCGCUAAAGAGCUGAGCUUCAGAGAGACGCUGGCCUGCUCUGACAUCCAGGACAUCGUCGACCGCCUCAAGAUCAAGGCUGUCAGUAAGAUCCGUGAGUUCAUCCUGCAGAAGAUCUACUCCUUCAGAAAGCCCAUGACCAACUACCAAAUCCCCCAGAACACACUACUCAAAUACAGGUUCUUCUACCAGUUCCUGCUGGCGAAUGAAAGGACAGUAGCCAAGGAGAUCAGAGACGAGUAUGUGGACACCAUGAGUAAGAUCUACUUCUGCUACUUCAAAUCCUACAGCAGCAGACUCCUCAAAGUUCAGUAUGAAGACGUAGCAGAUAAGGAUGAUCUGAUGGGGGUGGAGGACACGGCCAAGAAAGAUAUCCUUCCCUGCGCUUAAGCAGGGUUCUUCUCUAAACCCUCUCUGAAGAGCAGGAACACUAUCUUCACUCUGGGACAGCGGGGGGCGGUACUGAGCCCCGCCGAGCUGGAGGGUCCCAUCCUCAUCCCCCACGCCGCCCAGCGGGGGGACAGCCGGUUCCCGUAUGAGACUCUGUUCCGCAGUCAGCACUACGCUCUGCUGGAUAACGGCUGCAGGGAGUUCCUCUUCCUGUCUGAUUUCUUCAUGGUGGCGGGAAAUUCAGCGCUGGAUCUGUUCAACAGUGUGAUGGGGAAGACCCUCAGCAUGUUCCUGAAGAACAUGUCGGCGUACGUGUCGGACUGUUACGACAGCAUCGCUGUGUUCCUCUGUAUUCACAUCAUCCUCCGCUUCAAAGCCAUUACAGCCAAGAGGAACAUCCCCGCCCUCGACAAGUACUGGGAGGUGGUGUUGGAGAUGUUGUGGCCGAGGUUUGAGCUGAUUCUGGAGAUGAACAUUCAGAGCAUCAGAAACACCGACCCUCAGAAACUGGGAGUACUGGAUACCAGACCUCACUACAUCACCCGGCGCUACGCUGAAUUCUCCUCCGCUAUAGUGAGUAUAAACCAGACCUUCCCCAACGAGAGAACCAACGCCCUGCUGGGUCAGCUCCAGAUCGAGGUGGAGAACUUCGUGCUGAAGAUGGCGGCUGAGUUUCCCUCCAGAAAAGAUCAGCUGAUCUUCCUCAUCAACAACUACGACAUGAUGCUGGGGGUGCUGAUGGAGAGAGCAGCUGAUGACAGUAAAGAAGUUGAAGGAUUUCAGCAGCUUCUCCUGGCCAGAACACAGGAGUUUAUAGAGGAGAUUUUAGCUCCACCGUUUGGAGGAAUGAUCACGUUUGUGAAGGAGAGCGAGGCUCUGAUGGAGAAAGGCCAGCUGGACAAACUGAAGAACGAUGAGGUUCGGAUCACUCAGCUGGUUCGAGGAUUCUCCAGCAGCUGGAAACAGUCAGUAGAAGCUCUGAGUCAAGAUGUGAUGAGAUCCUUCACCAACUUCAAAAACGGCACCAGCAUCAUUCAGGGGGCGCUGACUCAGCUGAUCCAGUACUACCACGGCUUCCACAAGAUCCUCUCCCAGCCCACCUUUCGCAGCCUGGCCGUCCGCUCCGAGCUCAUCAACCUGCACCACCUCAUGGUGGAGGUGAAGAAACACAAACCCAACUUCUAACAGACCAUAAUAAACAUCUGAUCAACCUUCCAGUAAAACGUCAGCUCAACCUUCACUAAAACAUCUGAUCAACCCUUCAGUAAAAUGUCUUCUCAAUUAUCCAGUAAAAACAUCAGCUCAACCCAUCAGUAAAACAUCUGAUCAACCCUUCAGUAAAAUGUCUUCUCAAUUAUCCAGUAAAAACAUCUGCUCAACCCUUCAGUAAAACGUCUUCUCAAUUAUCCAGUAAAAACAUCUGAUCAACCCUUCAGUAAAACAUGUGAUCAACCCUUCAGUAAAACGUCUGAUCAACCCCUUAAGUAAAACAUCUGAUCAACCUCUUCAGUAAAACAUCUGAUCAACCCUUCAGUAAAACAUCUGCUCAGCCC